AAUACAGAACUAUUAGACGAAGUAGACAAGAAAAGAGUUUAUGUUGUUUGACCAGUUUAUUACGAACAUAACACGAUCUAUACAUUUUAUAUUGAAGUCGAAGCACUCCUAUUUUUAAGAGAGACUGGUAAUGCAAAUUGUUUGACCCGACAAGAUCCAGAAUGAGACGGCGAACACAAGCCUGCGCGAAGGUAACAGACUCGAGUGAACCUGGAGUAUCAGCCCAGCUCAGGCACCUUGGCAGAAUGGAUCCAGAGAGGCGCAGUCACCAGAGGGAGUAUGGAGAACCAGAGAGGCGCAGUCACCAGAGGGAGUAUGAAGAUCCAGAGAGGCGCAGUCACCAGAGGGAGUAUGGAGAACCAGAGAGGCGCAGUCACCAGAGGGAGUAUGAAGAUCCAGAGAGGCGCAGGCACCAGAGGGAGUAUGGAGAUCCAGAGCGGCGCAGUCACCAGAGGGAGUAUGGAGAACCAGAGAGGCGCAGUCACCAGAGGGAGUAUGGAGAACCAGAGAGGCGCAGUCACCAGAGGGAGUAUGGAGAACCAGAGAGGCGCAUUCCCCAGAGGGAGUAUGUAGAACCAGAGAGGCGCAUUCCCCAGAGGGAGUAUGUAGAACCAGAGAGGCGCAUUCCCCAGAGGGAGUAUGGAGAACCAGAGAGGCGCAUUCCCCAGAGGGAGUAUGGAGAACCAGAGAGGCGCAUUCCCCAGAGGGAGUAUGGAGAACCAGAGAGGCGCAUUCCCCAGAGGGAGUAUGGAGAACCAGAGAGGCGCAUUCCCCAGAGGGAGUAUGGAGAACCAGAGAGGCGCAUUCCCCAGAGGGAGUAUGGAGAACCAGAGAGGCGCAUUCCCCAGAGGGAGUAUGGAGAACCAGAGAGGCGCAUUCCCCAGAGGGAGUAUGGAGAACCAGAGAGGCGCAUUCCCCAGAGGGAGUAUGGAGAACCAGAGAGGCGCAUUCCCCAGAGGGAGUAUGGAGAACCAGAGAGGCGCAUUCCCCAGAGGGAGUAUGGAGAACCAGAGAGGCGCAUUCCCCAGAGGGAGUAUGAAGAACCAGAGAGGCGCAUUCCCCAGAGGGAGUAUGGAGAACCAGAGAGGCGCAGUCACCAGAGGGAGUAUGGAGAACCAGAGAGGCGCAGUCACCAGAGGGAGUAUGGAGAACCAGAGAGGCGCAGUCACCAGAGGGAGUAUGGAGAACCAGAGAGGCGCAGUCGGCGGAGGGAGUAUGGAGAACCAGAGAGGUGCAGUCGGCGGAGGGAGUACGGAGAACUGAGCUCAGGACAAUGGAAGGAUAGCCUUAAGAGAGACAACGGCCAGGCUAUGGCCAGAGAGCUCUACAGUGAAUACUCCAGCAUGAGGAGGACUAGAGAAGGUUGGGGGGACUAUGGCGCUUCCUCUGAUAUGAGCUACAUAAUGGACCCAUCGUCCAGAGACUGGAGCGAAGGCUCAUUGAGGGGUAGUGGUGCUCCCUUCUCCCCAGACACAGAUGGGGAUGUUGAUGGAGAUCCUGUGGAGCUCAGUGUGGAGGACCUGGAGCUCAUAGAGGAGAAGAGAGCUGUUCUCGCUUUGCAAAAGGUUAAACGCGGAGCUAAGGACAUGCCUAAAACACAGACUGCAUACACAACAGCGAAGGGCAUGUCUAAACCGAGGAAGGCGAACAAUAGAACAUUCAACAGUAAUGUCGCGGACCAGUCGUCACGCGUAUGCCUACCUCUUAAACGGAGGGUGCUGGACAUUCUGAGUAAGGAUACCCCUGCCAAGCUGAAGAAACAAAACAAGAUGCAAGCAUUGGAUCUGAUGAUUAGAGCUCCCCUAGAAAAUGAAGAGGCCCGUCCUCUGAGACUGAGGGUUUUAAUGAACCAGCGACGCUAUCCCGACAAUGAGGUGGUCCCGAAUGAUAAACGGCAAAUUCAGAGGCCAGUUCAUUCACUCAGGACACAGGAGAAAGACAUAGCAGCCACAGGCUUCCAGCGCUUCCUCAAUGUCCUCAAUGAAGGGGUGGACCUCAACAAGCUCUCAAAGAUCGUCAACAACAAAAAUGGGUUACUCAUUGUGGGCGAGGAGCUACCACAAGUUUGGCCGACUCUGCCCGAGGGUCAUGUUGACUCCAGCAGUAGAUCCAAGUCUUCUCUAGUUGUGGAGAAGACGAAGGUGAGGCUUGAGGAUGAGCAGAGGCACGAGCAGAUGCAGACCCUGCUGGAGAUCGUUGGGCUGGACUUGGGGGUUGAGGAGUUGGGUCAGCUGACAGACCGGACCAAUGACAGGCUGUAUGGGAAGAUGGGAGACUUGAAAAGGAAGGAGUUCGAGAAUGAGAAGGGGAAAAGAGAAAAAGGAAAGCGAGCCUUCAUUUAAACAUCUUAGUACUUCCUCAUUACCAUCAGACAGCGCCAGCCCCCUUCUAAACCAGCACUCAAACAUGACCGUUGAAUACAGCAGCUCUAGUAACAGGGUAUGGGACAUAGAGAGACACAGGGAGAGAUCUGAGGGACUACCAGCGACACUCUGGCGCCAGAGACAAGGACAGAGGGAGGGAGAAGGAUAUAGUCAGAGAAAUGGACAGAUCUGAAAGAGAUGGAGAGAGAGAUGGUCACAGACACUCUAGUACCAGAGAUUGGGACGGAGAGUGAGACGAGGACAGAGUCAGAAAAGGGGACACUCCUGCGAGAGAGAGAUACGGGCAAAGAUGCUCUCGUACCAGAGAGAAGGACCGAGUCAGAGAAAGGGACAGAUCUGAGAGAGACUGAAAGGGAGACGGACACAGACACUCCAGUACCAGAGAGAGACAAGGACAUACCGGUAGUCAGAGAAACGAACAGAUCAGAAAGGAACAGAGAUAAAGACAGGGACAAAGACCCAGAGAAAGACUGGGACAGAGGCCAAGAGGGAGACCGGGACAGAGACCCAGAGAAAGACUGUGACGGAGGCCGAGAGAGAGACCGGGGCAGAUCUGAGAAAGACAGAAACCGAGAGAUAGACAGGAGGCUGCAAAGGACCAGAGACAAACGUUCUGGGACCAGAAACUGGGACCAGAAACUGGGACACCGACAGCAACUGCCACACUAUUACUAGAGACUGGGACAUAGAGAGAUCUGAAAGGGUUAGGCAUGGGGAUGAGUCUAUAGACCGCUCCAUUGAACUCUACUCAUACUCCAUGGACCCUAUAUACCCUGUUUCUCAUCCUCCUCAUGCAUCUAUGAUGGCCUACUCCCCCACCCAGUACUCUCUGUAGAUGGCAUACCACAGCAGCCCCUACACCAUUGCCUUCCCUCCAGGGAGGGGUUAUCCCCCUGGUACCAUGCCCCCUGAUAUCAUGCUUCCUGGUAUUAUGUCCCCUGGUACCAUGCUUCCUGGAAUCAUGCCUGCUGGUGCCAUGCUGCCUGGUAACAAGCCCCUCCUACCUAACCCCCCCUCCAGCUCUCAUCUACCCAGCCUGCUACUAGCUACCUCCAGCUCUCAUCUACCCAGCCUGCUACUAGCAACCUCCAGCUCUCAUCUACCCAGCCUGCUAGCAACCUCCAGCUCACAUCUACCCAGCCUGCUAGCAACCUCCAACUCACAUCUACCCAGCCUGCUAGCAACCUCCAGCUCACAUCUACCCAGCCUGCUAGCAACCUCCAGCGCACAUCUACCCAGCCUUCUAGCAUACUCCAGCUCUCAUCUACCCAGCCUGCUACUAGCAACCAGCUUGCUACUAGCAACCUCCAGCUCUCAUCUACCCAGCCUGCUAGCAACCUCCAGCUCACAUCUACCCAGCCUGCUAGCAACCUCCAGCUCACAUCUACCCAGCCUGCUAGCAACCUCCAGCUCACAUCUACCCAGCCUGCUACUAGCAACCUCCAGCUCACAUCUUCCCAGCCUGCCAGCACUCCAGCGGUCUUAAGUCAGAGAUGCACAUACAUCCAACCUGCUCGCAACCACCAUCUCACAUACACCCAGCCCACUAGCAACCACAAGGAAAAGAGACAGAAGCAUGCAGAAGCCAUAGUGAAAGUGUCCUGUCAGAUGGUGACAAAGAAGUCCCCCGCGGUAUUGAUCACUCGGAUAGCGACAAAGGAGUCCCCCUCUGAAACAGGGCCUAAGAAAGAACUAGAAGGCGAGGAACCACAUGCUGACGCUGCAGAGAAAGUGCCUCAGGUGACUGCAAUGGACUCUGCGGUCCCCUCUGAAUAAAAUCUGAUAAAAGUGUUGUAUCCAGGUGUCUUCAUGAGGAUUCUAACCGGAUGUCUAAAGAGGCAUCAGUACAAGAUGAAGGGGAAGCGUCUUGCAAAGAGGAGGAAAAAGGCUUGCCAGUACAAAGGGAAGACACCACUUGUACACACUAAGGAGAGCCUCCUCUAGAGGCUGCACAGGACUCUGGGGACCCCUCUGAGCCAAAGCCCAAGAAAAAUAACAAAUAAACAGUAGAGGUAAAAGGAGAGAGAUUCAUAACGGUACACAGAACCUAUUUGACAAGGGGGAAACUGUCAAAGGCGAAAGCGGAUGCUAAAGGCACUGAGGCCAAUUCUGAACCAGCACCCAAGAUGGAAGGGGAUGGAGGAAUGACAAGAAGGGAAGGAAAUGCUUGCAGACACAAUAGAGAAAGUAGUUCCUCAGUUGAUUACAAAUGACUCUUGGCUUCCCUCUGAACCAGGGCCCAACAAAAAAAACAGAAAGAGGAGAAACUGUUUGCAGAUCAUAUGGAGAAAGUGUCUGCAAAGAGCCCUCAGGCCCUCUUGGAACCAAAGGCCGAGAAGGAGAGGACGACGCAAUUAAAGAUGGCGAGAAACUGCUCGCAGACCUUGUGGAGAAUGCGGCUAUAAUGGGCCCUGGCUUUCUCUCUGAACCAGAGGCUGAGAAAGAGACGAGGGGAGAAACAACAAGUUCUCCCUUGGUUAUCUGAAAUACCCAUGUUUUCACUAAGAUGAGGUUAUGUUGACCUUUUAUCUACCUAUGACUUGGCGUUCACCAUUCAACCACAUUUUGUCCUUGUUAUGGCAAAGCCUUUUAAUGACAUUGAAUUUCUUAAAUGUUCCUCAACAUGAAGUGUUCAAGCUGAAGAUAGGCGUGCCUAACAUAGCGUCAAAGGAUGGCUAGCUGUUGUAAGUAAAAGCACCAGAAAUACUUUGGUUUCAAGGGAACAUGAUUGUAUUAUAUCAUAGCAAGUCGUUCAUCUCAACUCUUUUCUGCAGAUCUUCACUGGGUGUCAUGAGCUCAUCUCCCACUAGAAUAGAACCUGCUGCUGACCCAUCCAAACCCUAUGGACAUCAGUUGGCUUACAUUGUUACCUAUCAACCAUUUUAUAGAUUUGUAAUGACACUAACAAAGGAUUUGUUAAAGUUGCUCCUGGUCCUUAAGUGCUUCACAUUGAAGUUAUUUUCAGUGUCAUUUAUUGGUAUUGUGUGUAUGUGGUAGGACCUAGGCCGCUCAUAUAUGCUAAGUAUCGUCUACUGACGAUAGUAUCUUCUGGCCGGGGGAGUUUUAUAAAGACCCCAGACACUUGCACUAAAUGUUAACAUGCAUCAUUUCACACAUCGUUUGCGGUACGAUUUUGGAAACAUAAACGCCUGUUUAUUGGGUUAGGGUUCCCACACGGCCAUAUUUCCAUGUUCCAGUGCUGGUUUACGGAAAACGUACAGAGACAGUUGACUACCUGUGCUAAUUAGCGAUCUGCGUCUCCAAAAACCUGUAUAGAAACGGAAGAUGGACACCACAAACUCAUCAACGAAAAAUACUGUCGGCUGCAACUGUUAAAACCAGUUUUAUAAACUGGGUGGUUUGAGGCCUGAUUUCUGAUUGGCUGAAAGCCAUGGUAUAUCAGACCGUAUACCACAGGUAUGACUAAACAUUUAGUUUUACGGCUCUAAUUACGUUGGUAACCAGUUUAUAAUAGCAAUAAGGCUCCUCUGGGGUUUGGGAUUAUGACCAAUACCACUGCCAAGGGCUGUGUCCAGGCACUCUGCUACCCUCCUCAGGCACUCUGUGUUGCAUCGUACAUAAGAAAAUACCUUAGCUGUGGUAUAUUGACCAUAUACCACUCUUCCUCUGGCCUUAUUGCUUUUAUAACACUGGAGUAAAUGUAUAUUUUGCAUAUGAAAGUAGAUGGCUUUAUGUUUCUAGAACGUUACCUCAAUUUAGAUGGAGUAUUUGGCUGCCAGAGACAAUUCGCCUGUUUAUAAACCAAAUAAGGGUGUGGAGUUUACUUGGUCUGGUCAGGAAAAACUCCUGGCCCUGGACAUUAGUACAUGUGUAUCAAUGCGAUGAGAAGACUAGCGGCGGAAUUAUGUUUGUAAGUUGUCAUGCCAUGCCUGUCAUAGCUAAAAGAACUGCUAAUGUUUCAUUCCUCAGUUUGGUCAGCCCACCGAUUUCUAUGGAUCAUCUUUCACUUUGUAAAUAUGUAAUUGAAUAAAAUAUUCUGUCUAUUGUAA